UGUUCUUGGUAAAGACAAUUAACAGAAAUUGCUCCAACCCAGUGGCCACUGAUGGGUUGUCUGAAUUAGCACUAGCAGCCAUGCUAAAAGUAACCAAUGUCGUGGUAACUCAAACAGGCAUAUGGUAUGAAAUAGGACACCGGUGUUAUAACGAUUUUGUCCUACCGCGCGAAGAUACGGUACAUAGUACAUACAUAGUAUACUGAAGUAACUUCAGUAUACUACGGUACUUUCGUCCCUAUUUAAUCGCUAAGAUAAGAGACAAUUAAUCGCUGUGUGUUAGGUAGAUAUGUAAACAGACUUGGGAGACCUUCUAAGUACUUUAAACGAUGGUUAUUCAAAACUGGAUGCUUCAAUAUAAGAUUGUUUGCUCAGACUGAAGGCUAUAGUUCUACACAGACUAGAGGAUAGGGUUUUAUAGUGCUACUUGUAGUCUAUAGUCUUUACACCUCAGAUAUUUAUUAGAAACGAUGGCGUUUACUGGAACAUGGGUCCAAACAUCAGCGGAAAAUGCAGAUGGUGUUUUGAGAUAUGUAGGCAUGCCAGUGGAACAAAUCAAAGAGAUGACAAGUCUUCCGGUAACCGUUGAAUUAAAACAAGACGGUGAUAAUUUUUUUGAGAAGUUUACCGUCGGCACAAAUGUUAUGGAUGUAUUUUUUCAUGUUGGAAAAGAAUCUCUCAUACCUCUUAUAACAGGCGGGGAAGUUAAGACAGUUCCAAGGUACGAUGGUCCGAACAAAACCGUAGCUGAAUAUGACCACAAAGGUGUCCAUUACUACGGGUAUCGUGAACUGUUAAGCCCAACAGAAUUCGUGGACCAUAUGGAUCUAGACCACGGAAAAUGCAUCACCAGAUAUUUCUUUACUAAGCAAGCAUGAAUCUGGAAGUCAUGAUGUAAAGUGUAUUGCUCUAUUUGAAUGUACGUUUACAUUUACGUUUAUAAUGGUAGCUUCGUCAUGUGAAUAUUAGCCAAUAAAACAGAAGAAAAAUAUUUUGUUAAA